AUUCGACAACGACCUCAAGACCUUCAAGGUAAGAAUCCUAUCCGCCGUGUAGACGCUCCUGAACACGUAUUUCUAUCCCCUAGACUUUGUAAUGGCCACCUUCUCAUCGACACCCAUCGUUAUUGAUGGCAAGGGUCACCUCCUUGGUCGACUGGCCUCAAUAAUCUCCAAGCAGAUUCUCUCUGGCCAGAAGAUUGUUGUCGUGAGGUGUGAGGAGAUCAACAUCUCCGGCAGCUUCUUCCGCAACAAGCUACGCUACCACAACUUCCUCCACAAACGCCAUAUUGUCAACCCCAGGAAAUCUGGGCCUUUCCAUCACCGUGCUCCUUCCAAAAUUCUGUUCCGUGCUAUUCGUGGUAUGAUUCCCCACAAGACUCCUCGGGGUGCCACCGCUCUUGAGCGCUUGAAGCUCUUCGAAGGUGUUCCACCACCAUACGACCACAAAAAGCGGAUGGUUGUUCCUGAGGCUUUGCGUGUGUUGCGGUUGAAGCCCGGCCGGAAAUACUGUACCGUUAAGCGUCUGUCGCACGAGGUUGGCUGGGGCUACAAGGAUGUUGUGGACCGUCUUGAGGAGAAGAGGAAGAUUAAGGCUGAGGCCUUCCACCAGCGCAAGAUUACAGCACUGAAGUUGCGCCAAAAGGCAGUUUCGGAUGCCUCGCCAUCCUUUGAGAAACUGACGACGCUGGGGUACUAGUUGGAUGAGAGACUACUUCACCUUCUAUGUGCUUGCGUUACUUUAUGUUAUGAUGGUUCCCAUAAGACAUGCAUGUAACUAUGCGAUCUCUGCUGAGCUGGCGUUUUUUUAUGACGAUGAACCUCCACCAAAAACACUUGCAACAGAGAUGUAGUUUUAGGCAUGCAUAUGAUACAAAUUGAAGGAUAAUAAUUGACUUUGGCAACAGUUUGGGAGAGACGGCCUUAAACGUCAUAUGAGAUGUGGCUGUGUGAUCGGACG